AGAUUAUCGAACGGAGCAGGCCAGUCAACGUUGUGCCAAAGUAUCGAAUACUUUCUGUAUGUUUUUACCAGCUUGUUGCUCGAUUUUGAAAGUAAGUGAUCGACUGCUUUUCCAAAUUAAGUUACAUGGCGUAGUAAUUGACCGAAAUAACGGAGUUGUUUUCGAGGUAAACGAUUAUCCGAUCAUUUAGAAAUGUUUUAAACGAACCAGUCGAUACCUAGUGGUUAAUUUAGAGCAGAGGGCUGUGACUUCGGUGUAAAGGCUAGUCCAAAAUGGCACAAUUGUACUUCUGGUUGUUAUUAAAUCUAGUCAUAGUUGUUAAGGGCGCCGACGAUCAAUUGGAAGCGGUGAUAGUGAUUUUCAGACACGGGGACAGGACUCCUAUAAAACCUUACCCAAACGAUCCCUACAAGGAUAAAUCUUACUGGCCCGUUGGAUUCGGACAACUAACUAACGAAGGAAAGCAACGACACUACCAAUUAGGAAGAUGGCUAAGAUCUCGUUACGAUGGCUUCCUACCCAGUACUUACUCAGAAAACGACAUCUAUGUUCGUUCCACAGACAUAGACAGAACCCUAAUGUCUGCUGAAGCCAAUCUAGCCGGGUUGUACCCACCCACAUCGAGCCAAACUUGGAACCCCGAUCUCAAAUGGGAACCCAUACCCGUACACACUGAACCUCAAAAAACCGACGCGCUACUAGCCAUGAAAAAACCGUGUCCGAAAUACGACAAGCUCUACAAGCAGGUAAUGAAAUCGGACUAUUUCAGGAACAUCAGCCACCAAAACCACGAUUUGUACGCGUAUCUGACGAAACAUUCCGGCGAAGUCAUAUCGGAUAUACCGACGUUGCAAUUCCUGCACAACAACCUUUUUAUAGAAACGCUUUUUAAUUAUACAUUGCCCGAUUGGGCUACGAAAGUCUACCCCGGCAAGCUCGAACCUUGGGCCAAUCUGGCUUUCGCUAUGGAUACAUUCACUAAAGAUCUGGCUAGACUGAAAACGGGUCUGUUAAUGAAUCAUAUAGUGACGUUCUUCAGAAAUCACACUAUCAACGCGCCGGAGACGCGGAAAUUCCUGAUGUUAUCCGGACAUGAUACCACCAUAGCCAAUGUACUUAAUACGUUAGGGGCCUUCCAAUAUCACUGUCCCCCUUACGCGAGCACCAUCAUCUUCGAACUCAGGACUAGAUUGAACGGACAGCAUUAUGUCAACGUUUUGUAUAAGAAUUCGACCGAUCCUCGGCCGAUUAACGUUCGAAAUUGCGAUGUGGAUUGCGAUUUUGAUGAUUUCGUGGAUAAACUGAAACCGUACGCUCUGUCGUUGGACCAAUGGGAAAUGGAGUGCAGGAUCAGGUGGGCGUUCGUGUGGCCUUUGACGUUCCAGUGGAAUAUCAUUUUGAUUUGUUCACUUAUAACUGUGAUUUUAUUGUUGUCAGCGGUGAUAGUAGGUAUUAGGAAAAAUAGGAAGGAAAACGAUAAUAAUUAUAUACAGUUGCCCAAUGAAGAGUACGCUUAAUUGUGGGUUAAACGUUCAUGGUUUUGUUGGUUUUUACGACUGAUGUUGUUUUUAAUUUUAUUUACUUUCGACUGAAUUUUGUUACAGUGUAAUAUCGAAAUUUCCAUAGUUGUAUGAUAAUAAUUAAAAUUUUCUAUCUUCCAUAUUAGGCUGAAAUAAUCUUAGUCUCUUAAUGAAGGUAUAGAUGUACAAUUAUGUUUAUUGUGAAUUAGAUAUAAAUCUACCCUUAAAUACAUUAUCAAAAUUUGUCUAAUAUAGUAAUCUGAUAUAAAUCGUAGGUAUAUACAUAUAUUAUAUUAUAAAAUUAAAAGACCAAAAUAAAUCAUCUGCUCACUUAGAAAUUGC